CUGGAUUGUUCUACAACUUGAGUCUUGUAACAGCUUACAAGCUUUGAUUCAAAUCUUCUUAUGUCAUCCCUCCAGAUAAUUAUUGCCCAGAUCAUUUCUGACUGCACCCUCGAACCUAGCUACUACGUAGUAGUACUUUCAGCUGGUCCAUUCCAUCAUACACAUCACAACCUUCAUCAAUGAGUGACAAUCAAUUCCUUCAAGGAACUUGGGCAAAGCUAUCCGAGGUCGCUGUCAAGGGUGCUCAAUAUAACUCCCACAAACAUCAGCCCCACCCAAAAUGUCUGCAAGGAACCCAGGUAGAUCUCCUCAAAUACAUCCAUGAUUCCUGAACAAUACAGAUAAGAAUCAGCUCAUUUGGCUACAUGGCAUGGCAGGCAUUGGAAAGUCUGCUGUUGUGUUCACAGUAGGUGAGAGGAUGAGAAGUCUAAAAGUGACAGAAGAGAUGAAUGUCGAAAAGUGGCUAGUGGGGACGUUCUUUUUCUCACACAAGCACACCAAACGUUGCAUGGCUGCAUAUUUUUUCAUGACACUUGUCUACCAGCUUGCCAGCAAUUUCCCUAGCAUCAGGAAGGAUGUGAACAGAGCCAUCUGCAACAAUCCUGCUCUCCUAAACCCAAACACACCUCUCUGCAACCAGAUGGAGGCUCUCUUUCUCCAACCCCUCUGGAAACUUUGACUCAGAUUGCACAGAUGUCUGCCUUUGUCAUUUGUUGUUGAUGCCCUUGAUGAAUGCACAUCCAACCCUGAGCUUGUCGAUCUCAUCCUUUCCCUUGCACAGGCUCUUUGUGACCCAGAUAUUCCUGUGACCCACAUUCUGCUCACAAGUCAUUCA